AUGAUUUAUUCAAUUGUGGAUUUUCUGGUCCAACCGUACAUUCACAGUCAUGGCGCUGCUUAUGGAAUGUAUAUGGAUUUGAGGGGAAGUGUCUUCGAAUCUUAUCCAAGAGUGGCGUUCACAUUGACUGCUUUGCUAUGUGGAUGCUUUGCAGCAACGAUUUAUGCAAUUUCCAUCAACUUUAUUUAUCGAUUUUUGGCACUGGAAAGGAAAGGCCGUCUGCGCUUCUUCUCAAAUUAUCGACUCAUAUUUUGGGGCUGUAUUCCUAUUACGGUGGCAUUCUUGAUCAUUUUGAAUAUUUGGUUCUUCAAUUAUCCCAAUCAAGAAGUCAUCGAAUAUACUAGAAACAACUUGAAAGAGCUGUACGAUUUGGAUGCAGAUAGAAUGGCAUAUGUCGGUUGCUUGUAUUGGAGAACUGAUUCGAAUGGAAAUGUGUAUUUCAGUGUGAAAGAUUUGAUAGGCUCACUUAAUUUGAAUGCGUUAAUGACACUUGCACUUUUCAUCAUAUUUUAUUUCGGAACAAAGAGUUAUUGGAAAAUUAAGGAAUUGAUAUCUCAAGGGCAGAGUGAGUAUUCGAAGAGACUUCAAAUGCAACUCUACAAAGCACUGGUUGCUCAGACUCUGAUCCCUAUGGUAUUCCUCUUUCUACCCAUUAGUUCCAAAGUCUACUGCCCACUUAUUGGAAUCAACGUGGAAUGGAAUAGCCUCCUCGUCACGUUUCUUUACUCCUUCUACCCCGCAGUUGACCCGAUUCCCAUUAUCAUUCUUGUCGAUGACUAUCGAAACGCAUUUUGCAAUUUCUUCCGUCGAGUUCUUUCAAAGAAUCAAGUUGUGUCCGUUGUGUCGAUUGAUUUGAAUACGGAUCCAUUAUAA